AAUUUAGCUAUUCGAGAUGCCGAUUUAGCCAUUGGUUCGUUACGAAAAUUGCAAACUAAUGUUGGCCAUCUCAUAAGGUUUAAAAUUAUUAUUCAAAAUUUUAAUUCAAUAAUCGGUGGGGGGAGUCUUAAAAAGAAUCGUAGUAAUAGGGUUGUAUGGAGAGAUAUAACUUCAGUAUUUGAAAGUAGGAUUCGUACGGGGAUAAUAAUAAAUAAAACUCAUAAAGAUAUCAUUCAGUUUUUAAAUGAUGCUUUUUAUUUAUUUAAAAAUAGAAUUAAAAAUAUUUUAAAAAAAAUGCCAAUGAUAAAAGUGAAUACAUGUUUAGGAGGAGAAUUUAUAAAGAAAACAGGGGAGACAGAGAUACGAGAAAAAAAAUAUUUUAAUACUAAGAAUGAAGUGAUAGAUUUAGGAACUGAUUUAGAUUACUGGUUUGAAGUUUUCGUAAAAGAAAAAAUUUUAAAUAAGUUGUCUGAAUUUCAAGAAAGAGAUAGUAACUGGGCUUUAGAUCAAAUUAGUUCAUUAGAAAUAAAUAUAAACAAAUUUGAAAUGGGUAUAGGAUAUUCGUCUUUCAUUGAUCUGCCUAAAGAAAUUGCUAAAAAACAAGCAUGUGUUAAUAUUAGAAACAUGGAUCGCGCAUGCUUCGCAUGGUCGAUAGUCUCAGCCUUAUAUCCUUCUAAAAAUAAAAAUAAUAGACCUUCUUCAUAUCCGCAUUACACGAAUGUAUUAAACUUAAAAGGGCUUACAUUCCCAGUAACCUUAAAUCAGGUUCCUAUAUUUGAAAAAAAUAAUGAGAAUAUUUCAGUAAAUAUUUAUGAGUUAGAAAUGCAAUCUGAGUCAAAGUUUAUUGUUGCACCUGUUUACUUAACGAAACAGAAAAGAGAAAAACAUGUCAAUUUACUAAUUAUUCAAAAUAAAUAUAAGCCCAAAGGUAACGACUAUGAACCUGAUAACGAUGAUGAUGAAUCUGAUGAAGAGGAAAUUAAAUAUCACUUUUGUUAUAUUAAAAAUUUAUCUAGACUUUUAUACAAACAACUUUCUAAACAUAAAUCUAAAAAAUAUAUUUGUGAUCGAUGUUUAAAUUAUUUUAAUUCAGAGAUGAAGUUAAAUAAUCAUAUCGAUUAUUGUGAAAAAUUAGAUGAUUGUCGAAUAGAUUUUCCUAAGUAUCCCUACAUUAAAUUUAAAAAUUUUGUAUAUCAAGAAAGAGUACCAUUUAUUAUUUAUGCAGAUUUCGAGUCAUUACUCAAACCAUUUGUUGAUGUUAAUAAAAAAAGAAAACGUAGUGGUUCAAAGUCGUUAACGAAAACAUCUCGCUAUCAAAAACAUCAAGCUUAUAGUGCAGGAUUGUAUUUUAAAUGUAAUUAUAAUAAUAAAUUUUCGUUUUAUAAAAGUAAUAGGGGUCUAGAUUGUAUGUCUUGGUUUUCUAGAGAAAUCGAAAACACUGCUAAAUUUGUAUCUUCUAAAUUGAAAAACGUAGAACCUUUAAACACAGCGGUGAGCCUAAAGGAUGCAUCUAGUACUUGUCACAUUUGCAAAAAUUCCUUUAAAGACACAGAUAAGAUCGUUAGAGAUCAUUGCCAUUUGACCGGUAAUUUUAGAGGGUACGCCCACAACAAAUGUAACUUAAAUUAUAAAAAUUCUUUUGUAAUUCCUGUUGUUUUUCAUAACCUCAGUGGCUACGAUGCUCAUUUUAUAAUACGUGAUUUAGCAAAAAGAAAUCAAAUAACAUUACUUCCUGAAAAUAAAGAAAAAUAUAUAAGUUUUACAGUUCACGAUAAGAAAACAACAAUAAAAUUUAGAUUUAUAGAUUCAUUUCGUUUUAUGGGAUGUUCGCUUGAUAAACUAUCAGCAACUUUGAAGCCAGAAAAUUUUACUGAUCUUAAAAAUGAAUUCCUCGAUUUAGAUGAGGAAAAAUUUAAGCUAUUGACUAGAAAGGGUGUUUUCUUUUAUGAUUAUUUAACUAACAUUGAAAGAUUAGAAGAGACAGAGUUACCAAAUCAAAAUAGUUUCUAUAAUAAACUUAUGGAUCAACAUAUUACUGAUACGGAUUAUAACCACGCAAAAUUAGUUUGGGAAAAAUUCAAUUUGAAAACUCUUGGAGAUUAUAGCGAUUUGUAUAUGAAAACCGAUAUACUUUUACUCGCCUCAGUGUUUGAAACGUUUAGAGAUACAUGUUUUAAAACAUACGGUUUAGACCCCGCUCAUUAUUAUACAGUUCCAGGUUAUACUUGGGAUUGUAUGCUUAAAUAUACAAAAUGUGCAUUAGAAACAAUACAGGAUGUCGACAUGUUAUUAUUUUUUGAGGGUGGUAUACGAGGAGGGAUAUCACAGUGCUGUAAUCGGUAUGGCGAAGCAAACAAUAAAUAUAUGUCUGAUUUUGAUUCUACGAAACCAUCAAAGUAUUUAAUGUACUUUGAUGUGAAUAAUCUCUACGGGUGGGCUAUGUCUCAACCGUUACCGUACGGAGGUUUCGAAUGGGUAGAUACCAACAUUGAUGUCACCCAAAUCCCUAAUGAUGCACCUGAGGGGUAUAUGUUGGAGGUUGAUCUUGAGUACCCUCAAAAUAUUCAUGAUCAACAUAAAGAUCUACCUUUUUGUGCUGAACAUCGUCCUCCACCCGGUUCAAAAUUGUCUAAGUUAAUGACUACCCUUUGCAAUAAGGAGAAAUACAUUAUCCAUUAUCAAAAUUUGAAACAAGCUUUGGCUCACGGAUUAAUCUUAACUAAGAUACAUCGUGUAUUAAAAUUUAAGCAAAGUCCAUGGUUAAAAUCGUAUAUAGAGCUUAAUACUUUAUUGAGAUCUCGAGCAACAACCGAAUUUGAGAAAAAUCUAUACAAACUGAUGAACAAUGCCGUAUUUGGCAAGACUAUGCAGAAUUUGAGGAAGCAUAGGGUAGUAAAAUUAGUGAGGAAUUGGAAUGGUCGAAUGGGCGCAAAAAAUUUAAUUUCCAGCCCAAAAUUUUAUAGUCGCACUAUAUUUGAUGAAUCCCUUAUGGCUGUCGAACUUAAGAAAUCUAGAAUCGAAUUUAAUAAACCAUUAUAUGUAGGAAUGGCAAUUUUAGAUAUAUCGAAAAUUUGCGUGUAUGAAUUUCAUUAUGAUUAUAUGUUAGAAAAGUUUCCGCUAGAUGAAUGUAAGCUCUUGUAUACAGAUACCGAUAGUCUUAUAUAUGAAAUAGAGUGUAAUGACGUAUAUGAAGAGGAAAAAAACAAGAUAAUAAAUUUUGAAUUUGAUCAUUUUCAUCGGGCUUGGGUUUCAAACGAAUUACAUCAGGUUUAUAGUCGUAAAUCCUCAUGGUGUCAUGAAUCUUUCAACGAACUCGUGUUUGAGUUAAAGGAGAGAUAUGAUUGCGAUGAGGAUUUACAUAAAAAUAAAAAAAGAAGAUUUAUCUAA